AUGCUGCAAUGGACGAUCCUGAACUGCAGGAGGGUGCAAGUUAAAUAAAGGGUCUUUUAUCAGGGUCAAAGGAGACACCACAGAUUUGUGGCAAAGUCUAUGACUCCUCCAGUAGUUUUCAUCAGAUGGGUCCCAACAAUGCAUCUCACUCCGCAGAUUACUGGACUCGCAUUCUUUCUGACAGUGUCAUUUCAGUGCCUUGUUCCUUCCGAGGAGCAUUCCAACAAGUGAGAACGUGUCAUGGGCUGUUUCAGGUGCGAGACAGAGUGAUCCUUUGGCUUCCCUGUAGCUGCUCCACCUGAUGGAUUCUCCCAGCAGACAAUGGAGCAUCCUGAAGGCAAAAGGCCUCAUAACCUCCUGGCAAAGGGGGCUGGCUGUACUGCGAAAAAGGAGGCUGGUGACACUGGGAACCUCCUCUCCCAGGAUCAGCAAGCAAUCAAAUCGUUCCUUUUGGAUGAUCAUUUAAGAUUCCAGUCUGAAGGAUUCCAAACCUAUGCCAAGUUCCAAUCAUUUAUCCCAAAGCCUCCUCACAAACCCAGGCUGGAAAGGACCUCCUCUCUCGAUGAGCUAAUCUGGUGGCGCCGGAGGCUCUUCAGAAUGAGUCAGGAGAGCCUGGCGGAUCCUGCUGAGAGGGGUGCUUCCAACGGACUCCUCCAAGGAGGGAGUGCUCUCCAGCAGAGGAGUGCCUCUAGUUCUGACCCCUGCUACAGCCAAGGCUCUCUCUGCAGCUUGCACGGCGCCUCCAAGUCCCCCCGUGCCAGGCAGAGCACGCCAGGCCUCGCAGAUGUGCAAAGGACUUUGUGCAAGGUUGCGGUUACCCAGCCUUUGCCACCUCUGGAACUUGAUGGCUCCUUCCCUUCUCUGAGGACAACUAAUCGGAUUGACCAGGAUUGUGUGGAUUACCAGCUUUCUUCCCAGAACUUCUUUCCAAGGGCAGGCACCAGCUGUAGCGACACGCAGGUCCACAGCCAAGGCAUGGUUUACGGCAACGGAUCCACAACCUCCAUGAAGUCCACGUUCAGUCUUCUCACUCCCAUCCGUGUGAGAGAUGUGCGGAACAGAAGUUACUUGGAAGGAAGCCUUCUCGCAAAUGGUGCCCUGCUGGGAGCUGAAGAGCUAAACCGCUAUUUUCCUGAUCGGUGUGUCGGCAUCUUUGUAGCCACCUGGAACAUGCAGGGGCAAAAGGAACUCCCAGGGAUGUUGGAUGACUUCCUGCUGCCUUCUGAUCCCGAUUAUGCCCAGGACAUGUAUGUGAUAGGAAUUCAGGAAGGCUGCCCAGAUAGGCGAGAAUGGGAGAUCCGCCUGCAGGAGACGCUGGGCCCCCACUAUGUCAUGCUGCACGCGGCAGCCCACGGGGUGCUUUACCUGUCCGUCUUCCUGCGGAGGGACCUCAUCUGGUUCUGCUCAGAGGUGGAAUGCGCCACUGUGACAACACGCAUCGUGUCUCAGAUUAAAACCAAGGGCGCCCUUGGCAUCUGCUUCACCUUUUUUGGCACAUCCUUCCUCUUCAUCACAUCCCAUUUCACCUCUGGAGAUGGCAAGGUGCCCGAGAGGGUGCUCGACUAUCACAAAACCAUCCAGGCGCUUGCGCUGCCCAGAAACAUUCCGGACACGAACCCCUACCGCUCCAGCGCCUCGGAUGUCACGACCCGCUUUGACAACGUUUUCUGGUUUGGGGACUUCAACUUCCGCCUGGAUGAGAACCGGGAGGUGGUGGAGCAGAUCCUCAGCCGAGGCCAGGAAACGGAUGUGUCCAAGUUGCUGCAGCACGACCAGCUUCUUAAGGAGAUGGUCAGCGGUUCUAUUUUUAAGGGGUUCCAGGAGGCCCCCAUCCUCUUCCGCCCUUCCUACAAGUUUGAUGUUGGGCAGGACACCUACGACUCUACCUCCAAGCAGAGGACACCUUCGUAUACGGAUCGAGUGAUCUACCGCAGCCGCCACAAGGAUGAAAUCCAUGUUGUGAAGUAUUCCUCCUGCCCGGGGAUCAGAACAUCAGACCACCGUCCUGUGUAUGGGCUAUUUCGUGUCAAAGUGAGACCCGGAAGAGACAACAUCCCUCUGGCUGCUGGCCAGUUUGACCGAGAACUCUAUUUGAUGGGCAUUAAAAGGCGGAUCACCAGGGAGCUUCAGCAAAAGCAGGCUCUAAAGGACCAGAAAUCUAGCACCGUCUGUUCCAUCUCCUGACCUUAAAAAGUCACCAAAAAGAUAUCUGAGGCAGACACGGGAUAUGCCACUCCACGGUCACGGCCUAGCUCUCAGAGGAAAUUGCUCCAGCGUGACGGCAAAAACAAGGGGAUGCCGAGGCUGGCUGUUCAAAGGACUGCUCUGCCGAGAGGCGACAACGUCAAGGGUCUUUCCUGGACUGAAACGCUAUGGCAGCCCCGUCCUGCUGCUCUGUGAAACGUUUGUCUGGAAAGAGUUGUCCUGGACCUUUCCCUGCUGCCCUCGCCCCCCUGGCUUUGGCAUCUUCUGGAGUUAAAGCCAUGCACGUUCUGUGUGUUCUUGGAAGAUGCCUCUGCAUUUAUUCUUGCUGUGUUCCUUUUUGCAUCUGCAGCUGGAAAGCUGAAUGGGGAGGAACUGCUGUAGCACCUGAAUUCAAGAACCAUCCAUUCUGGGACUAACACAGCUCUGGAGUGGUGGCAGCACCAGUAAAGGGGCUGAAAGGCUGGUGGUGUUCUGCCCCAAGGACUUGCUCAGGAAUCUUGGAAGGGGCUUCAUGCGCCUUCCCUUGUUUCCAGACCAAAGCAAGCCCCCUUCUUUUGGGGAUGGCUUCUUUCCUUAGUUACAUGUUCUUUAAAGCCCCACCUAGUUGUUGGUGUGAGAGACAGAAUGUGAUCUGGUUUAAUCUGACGGAGAGCCACUGCUUUCUUUCCCGGUGGCUGUCAAAACUGGUACACAGAAAUGGCAAAAUCUUGUGUUAAGCAGGACAACAUGGCAAUGUACUGAAUUUGACUUUGCCCUUCUCCACUUGUUCUGCGCUGGGCUGCUUUGUGUCCAGCAUUCCUUGAAAGGAUAAAAGGGAAGGCAGAUCUUCAA